AUAGACUAGGUAAUUAUCGAAUAUUCAUUCAAUUGUGUGCCCUAAUCUCGUGAAAUAAUUCCAACUGAAUGAUUUUCCUUUAUUUGCGGUUGGUAUGAGUGUUGGGGCAGUUCGUGAGUGUGUUACGAACUUACGAUAUGAUUUGACACGUUGACACCAUAUAUGAGAUGACGUAUCCCUGGAAGAAGUUACCUAUAUAAUGUCAACUCGCGCGCCGCUGAUUGUCAAUUGUUUCACCCCACGCAACCGCGCGCCAUCGUCGAUCGAAAUUCAAAUUUAUCCCGAAGGGAAAAGUGAAGAGACAGUCCACAGAUAUCGUUGCAUCAUGAAGCCCUUGGUGGUCAAUGAAGUGAAUUUCUACCCUCGAGAGAACGCGAAGCUGCAUCAUACUGACAGCUAUGAGCUGGUGAACGCGGAAGACUCGAAGGUGGCCAUUGUGCGGCGCGGUCAGCUGUUCAAAGGCAAGGUCCAGUUCACCAGGUCCUACGAUGAGAAGUCAGACCUCGUGCAGUUGGUCUUUACUUUGGGCGACUCACCCGCGAUGGCAACGAUGGGCUCCAUGUAUCUAAAACGCGACGCUGUCGUCGACAAGCACGCCUGGAGUGCGAAACUCACCGACGUGCAAAAGGACACGCUGUAUUUUGAGAUAUCGACUCCAGUAGACGUGCCAGUUGGGUGCUGGGCACUGUAUGUGAUCACGCGCAUUAAGAACUCGCCCGCGAAGGAGAUCUACAACUACGAUCAGGAGUUGUACAUCCUCUUCAACCCAUGGAACCCUGAAGAUCAAACCUACAUGGAAGACAGUGCCUUGCUCCAGGAGUAUGUCCUCAACGACGUAGGCAAGGUGUGGAUGGGCCCCGUCAGGACCGGGUCCGGCAAGCCGUGGGUCUUCGGCCAAUUCGAUACCGACGUGCUGCGUGCAGUUAUGUUUAUGCUUCAUCGUUCUAACAUGCCGCUCAAACAACGCGGCGAUCCAAUCCGUCUUUGCCGCACCAUUUCCAAAAUGGUUAAUGCCAACGACGAAGACGGCGGCAUAUUAAUAGGCAACUGGAGUGGAAAGUAUGAAGAUGCCACUGCGCCUUUUAAUUGGACGGGCUCCGUUGACAUCAUGCAGGAAUAUCUCAAGAUGAAUCGAAGUGUGGCGUAUGGGCAAUGCUGGGUGUUUGCUUGCGUUACAACCACGGUGUGUCGUGCCCUCGGUAUCCCCUCCCGCCUAGUGACCAAUGUGGUGUCAGCCCAUGAUACGGACUGCUCACUUUCUAUAGACAAGUACUACAACGAGGCCAUGAAUGACACCUCAGGAGAUGACUCCAUCUGGAACUUCCAUGUCUGGAAUGAUGUGUGGAUGGCAAGGCCUGAUCUUCCUUCAGGUUACGGUGGCUGGCAGGCCAUCGACGCGACUCCUCAGGAGAAAUCAGAAGGGAAGUGCCAGUGCGGGCCGGCGUCCCUUGAAGCCAUCAAGAAGGGCGAGUUAGGGAUGAAUUACGACGUAGCUUUCGUGCUGGCUUCAGUUAACGCUGACGUGUUACGCUGGCGAAAAGACCCUUAUUCAGAGCUGGGAUAUUCAGUAGUUGAAACUUCAAAAGAUUACGUCGGGCAAAUGGUGCUUACAAAGAAGCCGUUGGUCUUCGAUCCUCUGGGAGACGAGGACUGCGAGGACAUCACGGAUCAGUACAAGUAUAGCGAGGGUUCCACCGCAGAGCGCGUAGCACUUAUGAAUGGCGCAUGCCACUCUGAGAGGGCGAAAAGAUGUUACGAAUUAGCGAGUAAAGUUAAGAGCGACGUGUCGUUUAAGCUGCGUGAUAUCGACGCCGUGAAUAUUGGAAAUGACUUCCGCAUCGUUGUGGAUAUUGAUAACAAGUCCGAGGAGCCACGAAACAUCAACGCCGUACUGACAGCGACCAGCGUGUUCUACAACGGAGUGCGAGCGGAACAGGUCAAGACGGUGCAAGGAAAGAUAUUUCUCGGACCUUAUACACACGAUGAAAUCGUCAUCGACGUGACGGCAGAAGAUUACCUGCCGAAGUUGGUGGAGUACUGCAACAUGAAGAUAUCCGCCAUGGCCUUAGUCGAUGAGACCAAGCAGUGCUGGGCGGACGAUGACGAUUUCCGAGUAAUGAAACCCACCAUUAACAUCAAGGUCAACGACAACCUCGUGAUAAAUCAGCCAAGGGAAGCGUUUCUUUCCUUCCUGAACCCCCUGGACCGGACGUUGACCGGCUGCGAGUUCCGCGUCACCUCGCCCGGGCUCGCCGGACGGACCGUGCGGGUCGCGGCCCAAGACACUCUGGCCAAAAAGCGGGUGGUCGCUAGUCUCCCCGUGACACCUAAUACACUUGGCAGGAUCCACAUAGUGGCGACAUUCACAUCAAACGAGCUGAAGGAAAUUACCGGCGCUGCCACUGUUGAUGUACUCGAGAACUAAAAUAAAAAAUAUGCAUAUAAGAUAUUUGGUUCCCGAUUAUAAGAUGGAUAAAUAAAAUAAUGUGUCUCUGAAAACGAAACGUUUUAUUUACUCUGUGCAUCUCUCUUUACUACAUUCCUAAAAACUAACCUUAUUCAUGAAACUUUACGGGCCUGAUUUAGUUAAAUUAUGUUUUAUCCCUUUCUUACAACAAUUAUGACAGAUAAAGACAAACGAUUCAUAGCUAAUUCAGGCCAGUAACACGUAUAUGAAUAAGGCCAUAAUGAUAAAACUACAUAGUUACCUGCAAAUGUUCAUUCAUCCAUCCGUAGGUAAAGUAAAUCCAUAUUGAAUAUAGGUAUUUAUUUUGAAUACACAAAAAUUUCCUAUAUUCAUUUUCUUCCUUAGGCUAGAUGUUUUUACAAAAUUGAUAUAAAAAUAAAAUACAAAAAGUUUAUAAACCUAGAGUAACCAGCAGAGCGGGGCAUGGUCCAAGCUGGCAGUGAUCAAGUCCGCAGAGAAAGGAACCGACGUACGUACUUUGUAUACUCGCCGUUGAUCCAGCCACCAAUCUCUCUAUAUAUUGAGGUGUUAGUCGAGACUCUUCGCUAUGAGACCGUUCCAACCGUCACCGACCGAGACCAAAAAAA